ACCCAUCCCUCGUCCCCCCUCUUUCUCCCAAUUCAUUCACGCGCCUCUCUCUAUCUCCAUUCUCCCUCCCUCCCCCGAUUCGGCCGGCGAUUCCCCGUCCCACCAAACCGUCGCGCCUCCCGAAUCCCCGUCGAAUCCGAGCUCCUGAAGGCACACGAGGCGGGGGCUCCCCAAUCGCCUCCCGAGUCCCGACCCCGCGCGCCUGCGGCGCACCGCAAAGAAAACAAAGAACUACUGAUAAGUACAAAAUGGCUAUAAGCUUCAAAUACUGGGACGAUUGCUUAGAUCCAGAGGACAUGAGAUUAAUGUGGCAGGAUCCUAUUGUAAGUAAAGAGUGGACUGAUGCUGGGGAAGAGCAAGGACAGAAAGUUCACCUAUCACGGGACCCUGACGGUGAGGCAUAUCUCACACAAACUGAAAUGAUGGCAGUGGCGGCAAUUACUGUUCAUAGACAUUUCAAAUCUCAGCUAGACCCGUAUAUGAUAGGCGCACUCGCUGAAAUUGCAAGCGGAAGGAGACUCUUUGUAGAUACCUAUGAUCGCAAGACUAAAGAAACCAAGGUUGGCAUAAUGCAGGUGGCACCUGAAGUUGCUCAAUGGCUUGGAAGGGAACUAGGUUACAAGAGUUAUGACAUUGAAGAUAAUACUAAUUUGCUGUACUGGCCUCUUGUCAAUGUCUACUUUGGUGCUGCUUAUGCAAAAUGGCUCUUCUCUUGUGAUGACAAACAAAGAACUGAAGAGUUUGUUGUUAGAGCAUAUAAAGGUGGCAAAAAGAAGGCUGCUCACAAAUCAACUUCCCCCAUCUUCCAGCGUUAUCUUUAUGUGAAAGAGAACUUGUUGUCUAUGAGACAACCAGAAAUUUGCCACGAGCUUACUCCUGACCUAGAAGAUUUGUCAAGCGCAGAAGCACAGUUGAUAUAUUGGGAUUCCAAGGUAUCAGAGGCUGAUAUGGAUGCAAUGUGGAAACAUCCGGAUGUAUAUAAGGAGUGGAUAAAAUCUGGUGAGAGGCGUGGAAAUGUACGAUUCUCCCAUGAUGAAAAGAAGAGGCCUUACCUUUCUCGCGUGGAGGUGAAGGCUGUUGCCGAAAUAAUCAUAUCACGCCAUUUGAGCACAAGAGGAGUAAAACCAGAAGCUCUUGCAGCACUUGCAGAGGUCUGCAGUAUGCGCUUUGUUCAUGGAGUAAGUACCCGGACUGGAUUGAUGGGAAUAGACUACCCUACUGCUUCAUGGCUUUCCAGGGAUUGUCGCUACAGGGCAUAUACAGUGAUCUCUGUAGAUGAUCUCUACAAUCCUUUUGCAUCAAUGUACUUUGGUGCAUCUUACUUGGCAUGGUUGUCUCAAUACGAAGGAAGGGAGCAAAGCUACGAAUUCAUUGUCCAAGCUUAUCUUGGGGGACCAGAGAAUGUUAGUCUUCAGGAGACUGGGCCUUUUUGGAACCAAUUCCUUGAGUCAUUAACACAGUAUCAAGAUCCAAAGAAGGACCAUAAUAGCUGCUGUAUUUUGUGAAGUUGUCUGGUACGUCCUCCGACUUUGGUUACUGAAGAUUCCCUCCCAAGGGUUCGGGUAUUGACAAGCAAUUUUCUUGCUGGACUACACGAGGUACAGGGGUAACAGGGGCUGUCAGUUCGUACAUACAAUUUGGUCGCUGGUGCCCUGCUCAUGUUUAAACCAUGAUUGAUCUCGUCUCAGUUGCCCUUCCCGUUCUUUCCGCUUGUUGGUGUAUGGCAAACUGUACCUCUUCUGUUGUAUAAUAGGAACCGUAGAAGAAAAGGGCCAGUAAAAUUAUUGACGCUCCAUAGUACAUGUACCAGUAGACUGUUAUAGAUGCUAUACCACAUGCCAGUCGCUACGAAAAUCAUUUGACCUUUUAGGUUUGUGACUCAUCUACCAUGAAGAUUGAUCCAAUUAACACGCUGCUCUCUCUC